UUUGAAAUCCCGUCAGCAAGUUUACCAUAAACAAAGAAAAUCUAUUGUUUCUUCUUUUGCUCCCCUUAAUCUAUAUUUUAUAUAUUUUUCUUUAAAGGUAAUUAUUCUUAUUAUUCUCGGUCAUCCCCCAACAAGCAACAAUUAUACUAAACACUUUUUUAUCAUUAGAUGUCUGUCCCUGCUGCUUUCAACGAUAUUGGCAAGUCCGCCAAGGAUCUUUUAUCCAAGGAUUACCCCGUUGGUGGUUGUAAGCUCGAAGUUAAGACCACUGCUCCUAACGGUGUUACCUUCAAGGUUAACGGUCAACGUGAUAACAAGACCGGUAUCAUUGUCGGUGAUCUUGAAACCAAGUAUGCUGACAAGAAGAACGGUCUUACCUUCACUGAAGCUUGGACUACCUCCAACCACCUCAACGGAAAGAUUGAGCUCGAGAACAACCUUGCCAAGGGUCUUAAGCUCGAACUCUUGACCUCUCUCCUCCCCUCUGUCAACGAGAAGGCUGCCAAGAUCAACGCUACCUACAAGAAGCCUAAUGUUCACACCGUUGCCACUCUUGAUGUCUUCAAGACCAACGUCAGUGUCAACUCCGUUUUCGGUCAACAAGGUUUCCUUGUCGGUGCCGAAGUUGCCUACAAUGUCUUGGAUGGCAAGAUCGGUCGUUACAACGCUGCUGUCGGUUAUACCGCUGCCGAGUAUGGUGUUGCUGUUCAUGCUACCAACAACUUGAGCAACUAUGCUGCUUCUUACUACCACCGUGUCAACAGUGACCUCGAGGCCUCUGGUAAGGCUUCUUGGGACUCCAAGGGUUCCAAGGCUGUCACUCUUGAAGUUGGUGCCAAGCUCAAGUUGGACUCUUCUGCUUUCGUCAAGGCCAAGAUCUCCAACUCUGGUGUUCUCGGUCUCGGUUAUACUCAAUCUCUCCGUCCUGGUGUCAAGGUUAACCUCGGUGCUUCCGUUGAUACUACUCGUCUUAACGAAAACGCCCACAAGCUUGGUCUUGCCUUCACUUUGGAGAACUAAAUUUUAGAUUAAAUUGAAAAAAAAAAAAAGAAUCAUCUUUUUUUUGUAAAAUCAAAUUUUUAUACAAAUAUAUAUACAUAUAAUCUC